GAACGAUUGACCGGUAACACUUUACGACGACAGCAAAUUUUUGCGAUGUUCUACAAGAAAUUAAUGCACAUCGCUUCGUCCUGGAAAACAUACACGUUUUCGAUAAUCUUGGCGAUUAUUACACUCACUUUGGUUACCAUGAUCGCUGAGUUGAGCAGUUUCACUCUCUUUGACACGAGCGAGAAGAUAAUGAAUCUGACGAGUUACAUAGACCAAAAUUUUCACGUGCUAUAUUAUGCGGCUGAUGAUAAGUCCAUGAGAGACUUUCUUGUCACAUUGUACAUCACUGGUCAAGCAUAUAGUGAAAGGCAUAAUUAUCAUAUCUCCAAAAACAUUCCAGCCACGGAUGUUAUGGCUCACCCUGACUUACAUUCGAUAGAGGUAUCGUAAAAAGAUGUAUCCUAAAAAUGUUACAAUUAUUCAUUAUUUCAUAACAGUUUAGAGAUCGUUAUGUGAUGUCCAUCGAUACAUACGCAGACGGACGUGUACAACUUAUGUAUUCAUCCACUGCUAUGCACAGUGGACCAAUCGCAUUAAAUUUACUGCAUAAUGCGUUAUUGCGUUAUCAUUCCGGUUCAGAUGAUUGUUGGAUCAAACUGACUAGUCGACCAUUAAUUCGUCCGGGACAGUGGCAACAUUUGUUGAUUCACCCACGUAGCAUACGGAACUGGGCAAACGCUGCUAUAAUAAUAACUUUAUUCCUUCUUCUACCUUCCAUUGACAUGGGAAUACGAGAACUAAAUACACACUCAAAGAUGUUGCAAACCAAUGCGAUCGGUGUAUCUCCACGAAUCUAUUGGAUCCCGACAUAUAUUAUUGAUUUUCUUCUGUAUACGUUUUCCAUAUUGCUCUUUGGGAUUGUUAUCUUAACUAUCUAUAGCCGCACAUUGUAUUUCUCAAAUUUAGAGAUCGUCCAAGUACUGAUGAUAUUCCUGUGUUACGGAGGGUGCGCCAUUCCAUUAGGUUAUUGCAUACAACUUUUUACAAGGAAACCACAAAAUGCAUAUUUAAUCAUGAUAUUAAUCAAUUUUGUAGCGUGUCAGUAAUUAGAUACAUUAUUU